AUGUUCUUCCCGCCCCCAAUCACAGUUCACCUUCCGCAGCUGCCUCUGGAAAACAUGGAGGAACUCGCUGUUGACCGGUUGACCUGGUUUGCAGGAUAUGACAUCGAAAAACGCGCAUGGGUUACAUUGCAGGGUUUGAAUUGCGAUCAGUCUGCUUAUGAUGAAGAUGCGUGGAAAAGGCUGAUCAAGGACCAACAAACUAAGGAUCUCAUCCAAUCCAUAAAGGAUAUCAUUGGAACUUCUCUUGACAGUUCACAGCAAGAGAAAGCGUUGAAAGGCAUGAAUAUCUUGCUGAGAGGGGCCAUAGGAACGGGCAGAAAGACAGUUGCUCGUGCGAUCUGCAACAUCCUCAAGCGUCCGAUGCUUGAUAUUCGGGCGAGUGACAUCCCACGGACAUGCGACACUGCCACACUUGCGGUCGAGUGGAAGGCGGUAGUGGUUGUACACCGCGGGGAUUAUUUCAUGAGUGUUGGAUCUCCAAUUGGUAGAGAACGUAUCGAUUUUAUGGUUAAAGAAUUUGAGAAGCCCGGAUGUGUCUGUCUGUGGCCCGUGGUGUUGUCAGACGAGCAGCAGGCACUACUCACGUCAUUCUCAGCCACCAUCAGAUUGCCUGAUCUCGAUCUGGCAGCGCGUCGCCGACGUUGGCUACAACUCUUCGGCCGAGAUGAUUUGGCGGAAGCUAUCUCUAGCGGCAAGGACGCAUCCGUCCCUAUCGGGAGGGAUACUGAGACGGUGACCUUCCUUCGGGAGAUCGAGAAGAUCUCUUGGUACGAACUCGAUGGAACGGACAUUGAUACUAUUAUGGAUUUUGCACGAAGCUUGGCUGAGGAACAAAAGCCAACCCCUCAGGAGAUAAAGGAGUAUAUCAAGGCCUGGGGCGUGCCUAUUUCUAUGCGAAGCAAGGUAGCACGGUUUUUUGCGCUCCGUGAGAUGCAAGCCCCCGACUCGGCGGUCGAGGAACCAAGUUCUCGAGAAUACGGCGAAGAUGUGCCUGUUUGA